UUGGCCGUCUGUUCUGUCAUUUUUUUUUUUUUGACAGCCUGCACGGAUUCCAUAUCUUUUUUGCUUGUUUUGCCCAGAGGAGACCUUAGAACCCCCCGACAACGAUCGCCCUGCGAAUCCCUCGGGACAUUUCUUGCCCUUGCUUUUUGCUUUUUGGGGCCGCCGAUUUUUCGAUAUCCAGCAGGAAUACCUAGACGCCCGUCAAUAUCGGCCUCGAAGCCGAUACAUCUCUAGAUUGGGGGUGGUUGUGUGUUUCGGUCGAUCGCCCACCAUGCUCGUCCAAGCAACCCUGGUUGCCCUUGGGGUCACCCUGGCGGCCGCGGUGAAGCCCAUGGCGUUCAAGGACGACCACUUUGUUCACCCCGACACCGGCAACCGCUUCCAGAUCGUCGGAGUCGCCUACCAGCCCGGCGGCUCUGCCGGCUUCAAGCCCGAUGAGGGUAGGGACCCUCUUAGCAACGCCGACGUCUGUAUACGUGAUGCUGCUCUGAUUCAGGCCCUUGGCGCCAACGCCAUCCGUGUCUACAACCUGGACCCGAACCUGAACCACGACGCGUGUGCCAGCGUCUUCAACGCUGCUGGCAUCUACAUGAUUCUGGACGUCAACUCGCCCCUGGUUGGCGGGGCGCUCCAGACCUUCAACCCAUGGGAGUCGUAUUAUGCCGCGUACCUGAACCGCACCUUUGCCGUAGUCGAGGCGUUCAAGGGAUAUCCCAAUACGCUGGCCUUCUUUUCGGGCAACGAGGUCAUCAACGAUCUGAAGAGCGCUUCCCAGGUGCCCCCCUACAUCCGGGCCGUCACUAGGGAUCUGAAGAACUAUAUUGCCAAGCACAGCACCCGCCCUAUCCCUGUCGGCUACUCGGCUGCCGAUGUGCGCGAGGUGCUUUUCGACAGCUACAACUACUUCCAGUGCUCUAUCGCCGGCGAGGACAAGGACAUGAGCCGUUCCGACAUCUUUGCCCUGAACAGCUACUCGUGGUGUGGAGAUAGCAGCUUCACAACGAGUGGCUACGACACGCUGGUCUCGGGCUUCAAGGGCACGGCCGUGCCGGUCUUCUACUCGGAGUACGGAUGCAACACGCCAUCUCCCCGUCUCUUCACCGAGGUCGGCGCCAUGUACGGCGACCAGAUGAUGGGCGUCUUCAGCGGCGGUGUCGUGUACGAGUACACCCAGGAGCCCAACAACUAUGGUCUGGUCGAGGUCGCCAAGGACGGCUCCGUCACGCUUCUGGAUGACUACUACACUCUGAAGGCACAGCUGGCCAAGCUCGACUUCAAGAAGGUCUAUGGCGUCAAGGCUGCCACGACGCCGCCUGCCCCUCCCAAGUGCGAGGCCUCGCUCAUCAAGGAGAAGGGUUUCAACGGCAACUUCACCCUCCCGGUCCUUCCCCCUGGAGCCGCCGAGAUCAUCGCCGGUGGCGUGAAGCCUACGCCGAGCGGCAAGAUCAUUCAGAUCUCGAACAUGAAGGUGAAGCAGCAGAUCAAGGCCAAGAACGGCACCGCCGUGUCCGGUCUCGAGGUCAAGCAGCUUGCCAGCGACGCCAUCAACCAGCCCGGCUCCAACGCCGGCGCGGGCAGCAGCCCCGUCAACACCCCGACCACCACGGGUUCCACGACUAGCUCCGGAUCGGGCACUGCGGCUUCGGCUACCACAACCGCUCCCAAGAAGGACUCUGCCGCCCAGGGUCAGGUCAGCAAGGCCAUGCUCGUUGUCGCCCCCUUGUCGGUGGUCAUGAUUGUUGCUGCAAUUUUCUAGAGGCGCACUCGGUGGUUGGCGGGACAGUUGAGAAGCAGCAAUAGGGGCAACCCGUUUUCUAUGUUAAAAUCAUUUGAUUCUUCUGAGUCUUAUCUGGCGGGCGAGGGAGGGGAAAAGGGUCAUCGCCAGGAUUGGGUUUGAGUGUUGUAAUGUUUUCGAUAUUGAAUUAGUACGAGCACAGAGGACGAGCAUGCGACGUUUUCUUUACAUGGGCCUUGUAUUCUAGGGGGCGGACUCCCCAUGACAAAUAACAUUUCUUGAUCCUAGAUCGCAUGUGUGGUUGGCAGUGAAUUUGCCUUCACGGCUAUGUUUUGAGCCCCAACACGCCUUGCGCAAUGGGGAGAGAUGGUUUCGAGGCG